AGCCUGAGAACCGGGAGGCGUGCUGGUGACUCGCCCGCCCAGAGGCCUGUGCACUGGCGGAGUGGGGAGCCCGGAAGCCUGCAGCCAUGCCUCACAGCUCCGACAGCAGCGACUCCAGCUUCAGCCGCUCUCCUCCCCCGGGCAAGCAGGACUCAUCAGAUGACGUGAGAAAGGUCCAGAGAAGGGAGAAAAAUCGCAUCGCCGCACAGAAGAGCCGACAGCGGCAAACACAGAAGGCCGACACCCUGCACUUGGAGAGCGAAGACCUGGAGAAACAGAACGCGGCCCUGCGCAAGGAGAUCAAGCAGCUCACGGAGGAGAUGAAGUACUUCACGUCGGUGCUGAACAGCCACGAGCCCCUGUGCUCUGUGCUCACCCCGAGCACGCCCUCGCCCCCCGAGGUGGUGUACAGCACCCACCCCUUCCACCAGCCUCACCUCAGCGCCCCACGCUUCCAGCCCUGAGCUUGCAGAGGUGGGGGAGAGCGGAGCCCCUGACCACCGCCCAGCGGGCCCGGCGGCCUCCGGAGGGGCGGGCGCACAGACUGUGGUCCGGCCACGC